CGUCGAAUCUCGAAGCCGAUAAACCUUAACAUGUCCACGACAGACGAUAUUUCUGCCGGUAAUGUCUCGACUAUUCCUGGGAGCUUUCUCAUAAGCAAACUGGGGAUAGAGGAUAUUAUCAUGCCUCUGAUUAGUAGAGUACACGGCAACCCAUUUAUACGAACUUUGAUUCUUAUCAACCAAAGCCUCGGCGCCUACCUUCCCACGGCACUUGUCACUGCAACAAGCUUUGUUUGGGUCACUUACCACCUGACACGUCAGUUUUUUUCGUUCGUGUGGCAUCUCACGCUUGAGUAUAUAAUAUCGACAAUCUCCGUGUCCAGCGAUGAUGAAAUCUUUGAACAUGUUAUGGUUUGGCUGGCCGCCCAGCCCCGGACCGUGAGGUCGAGGCGGCUGAUAGCCGAAACGGCUUUCCAGUCCGUGUGGGAAGACGGCACGCGACAGGUAGAUCUAGCAACAAUUUCCGAGAACGGCAAUGAGUACUUGAACUUUUCACAACAAAAGUCAACCACGCCAAUCCGUUAUACCCCCUCCCCUGGUCCCCACAUCUUCUCAUUCCAGGGCAAGCAUUUUAGUAUUAACCGGCAGCAAAGAUCCGUAAUGGACAACAGCAAUACAGAAUCUGAGGCUGUCACUAUCAGGGAAAAAGAGACCUUGAUUAUUUCCACCUUUGGACUUUCCCCAGAGCCUAUUAAGCAGUUUUUAGCCCACGCCCGGAAGCAUUACCACAAGGACCACGGCGACAAAACGCUCAUAAUGCGGCCCAAUAGCCUCCCACAACGUCGAUUCCACGAUCGUGCGUGGAGAGAGGUCGCGAAACGUCCAGUUCGUCCCAUAAGCACUAUCGUGCUCGACCAGGAGCAGAAGAGGGCCGUGCUUUCAGAUAUGAACGAGUACCUUCAGCCCAAGACGGAACGCUGGUAUUCGAACCGAGGCAUUCCUUUGCGCAGGGGUUAUUUAUUCCACGGCGCUCCGGGCACGGGCAAAACGUCAUUUUCCUUUGCGUUGGCCGGUGUUUUCGGGCUUGAAAUAUAUGUUAUCAGCCUUAUAGAGCCGCAGCUGAGCGAUGAGGAUCUAUCCACCCUAUUUAACAGCCUGCCGAAAAGAUGCAUCGUUCUGUUGGAGGACAUCGACACAGCCGGAAUGAGUAGAGCCGAGGAUGAGGUUAGAACAGAAACCAAGACAGAUGGACCCGGCGAGUGGAAGGUUGCAGACCUGGCUCGCGCCCUUAAGGUCGGCAGGGGACAUGGAGACGAUCAAAAAGGUAUCUCCAUGUCAGGCCUGCUUAACGCCAUAGACGGCGUGGCAGCGCAUGAGGGUCGCAUACUUAUCAUGACUACCAACAAGCCCGAAAUUUUCGAUGAAGCCCUUAUCCGCCCCGGUCGUGUCGACUUACAAGUGGCCUUUGGCAAUGCGACGCAACGGUAGGCCAGCGAGCUGUUCCAGCGCUUGUACAACACCGAAUAAAGCGUCAAAUCCUCGCAGUGUUUGAGUCAGCUCGACGUUACCGACAAAAAGGACGACCUGGAGACUUCCAUUACCGAUGCAGAUGAGUUUAUUGAAAUGGCAGCCAAGUUUGGUUCCAAGAUCGUUUCAGACCAGAUGUCACCUGCCGAGAUCCAGGGCUUUCUGCUUAAGAGGAAAACGUGCCCAGGCAAAGCUUUGCAAGAUGUUGAGGCCUGGGUCAAGACCUCGUUGGAUUACGAGGCAAGCAAAACGACUUCCGGUUGA